AUGGCGGACUACGAUAGACGCCACUCCGGUGGCCAUCACAACCGCAAGAGGCGAUACAGAGAUGAUGAUGAACACUACGAUCGCCGCCAACAGCGCAGACGAACAGAUUCAGCACCUGUACCGGUUCGACUUCGCCGCCAGCUACUAAGUCUUGCUGAUUCGCCAUUACGACGAUGGUCCGAAGAAGUCACAUCUAUUGCGCGAAUGGUCACGGAAAAUUACGAAGACGAGAACCUGCGCAACACUUUUGUCAAUUUGGUCCUGCAGCUGGCUGUGGAGCAACCACUCAAGACGCCAUUUGUUGGUGCUGUCGUGGUGGUUGCUAACGCACUCAAGGCAGAGCUGUUGGGCGUGGUGGUUGCUCGUCUGGCAACGGAGCUGGAGCAGAAUAUUGCGCAAGGCAAUUGGAGAGAGGUGAAGCUGCUUUUGAAACUGUUGGCAUGCUUGCAGGGGUGUUUGGAAGGGAAUGGCAUCUUUCCGUUAUUGGAGGAGCUGUUCAUGAGGGCUGCCGACUUGCAGACGGCUAGCUCUGACGACGUUAUCGGGACUGAGAUUGUCAAGAUCAUUCUUCUUACUAUUCCGUAUGCGAUGGCGGCUGUGCCAGGACAAUUUACCCAACAAGCGGCCGAGCUUAUGGAAAAGACGGACAUUAUUGCAUCGGAACCUCAUGCACUUCAAGCCCUUGUCGAUCCUUUCCACCCCGAAGGAGAAGAUGAAAGUCCCGCUGCGGCAAUGAGCCUGUGCAUGCUCCUUCAGAAGCAAUUGCAGGCAGAGGCUGGAAGGGAUUGGGCGCUUCCCUCCAUCCCUCGACCUUGGCAGAUGCCGUUGGAAGAGGUGGAGACUCAGGACAAGCUUGCAAAUGCCACGAAGCAUGCACUCCCUACAAUCUCUGUCCCGUCGACAGCUAUUGCCGGACCACGUCUGCUCUUCCCUGAGGUGUACUACUCAGUGUACGGUGACCAAGAGGUUGAGUCGGUACCGCCUCCGGACAACAUCGCCGCAUCACUGAUACGCGAUGCGCUGGCUGAUACCAUCAAUAUUCUCGACUUUAACAGAAAUGCCACGGCUCGAUUCUUGAUGGACCUUGACUGCUAUUUCGCGGAUGGGACGUUUGUCAAACGGGCCACCCCAUUUGAUGAGCUGCGGAACCAACCUGAUGGCCGGUCGACGUGGAAGCCCGAAGAUGUUGCCGUAGAUGCCGUUUUCUCACAGCUCUUUCAGCUCCCCAAACCCGAACACAAAGUUGUCUACUACCAUGCCGUCCUGACUGAAGCUUGCAAGCUUGCCCCCGCGGCAAUCGCCCCCAGCCUCGGCCGAGCUAUUAGAUUCUUGUACCGGAACACACCCAGAACGGACUUGGAGCUUAGCUACCGCUUUAUCAACUGGUUCUCACACCACUUGAGUAACUUUGGCUUUACAUGGAAAUGGACAGAAUGGUCCGAGGAUACUGAUCUGCCGGACCUGCACCCCUGCAAAUGGUUCCUCCUCGGAGCCUUGGACAAGGAGAUUCGUCUCAGUUUUGCACAGAGAAUUCAAAAGACGCUUCCUGAGCCAUACCAACCACUCAUUGGGCCCGAUAAAGAAAAAGAUGUUCCUGACUUUAAAUUCAGUAACCCUGACACCCCCUUCUCCAAGGAAGGCCAAGAAAUAGGAGCGCUUCUCCGUCGCAAAGCACCAGACGAAGACUUCCAACCAACAAUCGACAGCAUCCAAGCACAAGCAGCUGAACACGCUCUCGACCCCAUCAUCGCCAGCACAGACGUCUUCAUGACAGCCGUAUGCUGGGUCGGUUCCAAAUCCCUCAGCCACGUCCUCGCGUGCAUCGACCGCACAAAGGGCCGCCUCAUAGACGUCGGAACGGCUCAUCCUGCCGCACGCUCCCAAAUCAUCUCCUCUGUCAUGAACUACUGGGCCGCUCACCCGGGCGUAGCAAUCACCAUUAUCGAAAAACUCCUCAAUUACUCUAUCCUCACACCCUUUUCCAUCGUGGACUGGACCCUCGUCGCUAGUACCCCUUCAAAUGGGACGCAGGGCGGCGAGGCACUUGGCCAUUCACACAUUUUCGAACUUGUCUCCAACACGGUAGCCAAGGUGAGCGGGCGUGUUCGCCAACUUCUCACGUCACCCGAGGCGGAUGACGAAACGCGCCAAAAGGAGGUUUCUUCCAUGAGGGACUUGUUCCGCGCUAUUAACGAUGCGUUGGCAAGUUGGGCGGCUGGAAGUAAGGAUCAGUUGAUGGAGGAUGGGGACGGCUCCUCAGCGAGAGAGGCCAUGAUUCGGAGAUGGGGACAGCGCUGGCUACGCGUUUUCAAUAGGCUGGCCGCCAUUGAAGAGACGUUUGUGACGGAGGCCAAGAACGGGAGGUGGAAUCAAAAGGAAACUACGGACGGGGUACAGCCCUCAGAUGUCCAGGCGUAA